AUGUUAAGUAAAGAUAAACGCAUUCAUCUGACAAAUGAUUUAUUGAAUGGCAUUAAAGUGAUAAAAUUAUAUGGAUGGGAAAAAGCAUUUUACAAAUUGAUAGCCAAUUUGUGUGCCAUUGAAAUGAAACAAUUGCGUGGAUCGCAGAUACUUAAAACAAUUUAUGUUAUAAUAACAUUAUGUGCGCCCUAUUGGCUAUUAUUGGUCACAUAUAUCGGUUACGUUUAUAUCGGCGAUAAUAGUAAAAGUACCGUAAAAUUAGAUGCCAGCAAAUUGUUUGUACCGUUUGCCCUGUGUCAAUUUAUUAAAAGUAUUUUUGUUAUGUUUCCAAUGGGAAAAAGUUCACUGAUUAAGAUUAUGAUAGCAAUCGGACGAUUAAAUAAUUUUCUAAACUUACGUAACAAAUGUGAUUACGUGACCCAUAAUACAGACAAAUACGUGAUUAGUGUUGAAAACGGAUCGUUCACUUGGGAUGCACUCAAAUGUGACACAAUUUUAACUAAUUAUAAUUUUAUGUUAAAAGAUAUUAGUUUGCAAAUAAAAGACAAACAAUUUGUGACAAUAGUGGGUAAUGUGGGCUCAGGUAAAAGUUCACUACUGGCCGCACUGUUCGGUGAAAUGCAACGAUUGUCCGGAAACCUUAAUAUUGGUGAGGAUAGUAAAAUAGCUUACGUUCCCCAACAGGCAUGGAUACAGAAUGCAUCGCUCAAAGAUAAUAUACUUUUUGACAAACCAUUGGAUACCAGUUUAUAUAAACAAGUAAUACAUAGCUGUGCUCUAAUACAAGACUUAAGACAACUGCCCGCUGGAGACCAGACAGAGAUCGGCGAGAAAGGCAUUAAUCUGAGCGGAGGUCAGAAACAGAGAGUCAGUUUAGCCCGAGCUAUAUAUUCUGAUGCCGACCUAUACCUAUUGGACGACCCAUUAAGCGCAGUGGACAGUCAUGUGGGCAAACAUCUAAUGCAAGAAGUGUUAGAUUCAAGGACUGGUAUAUUGAAAAAUAAAACCCGAAUUCUUGUAACAAAUCAACUCUUUGUGUUACCAAAUGUUGAUCUGAUUGUUGUCUUAAAUGACGGCAAUAUUACAGCAAUCGGUUCAUAUGAUUAUCUGAUGAAUGAAAACAAAGAGUUUUUCGAUUUAGUAAAAAAGUAUUCAAAUUCUGAUAAAAAUAUAGCUAUCAGUCGGUUUGCAAUGCUUUUCGGUUCUCUGUUGGCGUCGACCCGAAUGCAUGAGAAGCUGUUGUGGUCUGUCAUGAGAUCGCCGAUGAAAUUCUUCGACACCACACCAUUGGGACGUAUAGUCAACCGGUUUAGUAAAGACAUCGACACUAUAGAUAUCAGCGCUUUAUUUAAUUUAAGUUUAGAGUCAGUCACUCGGUCACCUAUUUAUGCCUUUUUUAGUGAAACAUUAAAUGGUUUGUCUAGUAUUAGGGCGUAUGGAUGUACUGACCGAUUCAUUAGACGUAUGGAGUUAUUGGUCGACACUAACCAACGAUGUUUAUAUCCAAAUAUUAUUGCCAACAGUUGGCUUCAAUUACUAUUGGAUAGUAUAGCAAAUGUUUUGAUAUUAUUUGCCGCACUGUUUGUUAUAUUAGACAGACAAUCAUUUAGCGGCGGCGAUACCGGUAUGUCGCUGUCCAACGUAAUCAAUCUAUCCUUCACUGUAGGUAUUGUCGUACGAAUGAUUACACAACUUGAGGACAGUAUGGUUUCGUUUGAGAGAAUAGACGAAUAUUGUAGACUCGCUCCGGAAGCUGAUUGGAAUUUACAAAAACAAUUACCCGAUAACUGGCCAAACAUGGGAUGCAUUGACUUUCAACAAUAUAGUACCCGAUAUAGAGAUGGAUUAGAUUUGGUUUUAAAUAAAAUCAAUUUGCAGAUAAAAUCGGGCGAAAAGAUUGGAAUUGUUGGCCGAACCGGUGCGGGAAAGUCAUCACUCAGUUUGGCAUUGUUUCGGUUGAUUGAGUCAUCUUCUGGUAGAAUAAUCAUCGAUGGCAUUGAUAUCAGUGAAUUGGGUCUCCACGAGCUGAGGACACGACUAACAAUACUACCGCAAGACCCGGUACUCUAUACGGGAACCAUUCGCUCAAAUCUGGAUCCGUUGGGCAUUUGUACCGACAAUGACUUGUGGUCAGUGUUAGAGCACUCGCAUCUCAAGUCGUUUGUCAAAUCAUGCGAUGGCGAACUGGACUAUCGGGUUAGCGAUGGCGGUUAAAAUUUGAGUGUUGGUCAGCGACAACUCAUAUGUCUGGCCCGGGCUUUGCUACGCAACACACGUGUGCUUAUCCUCGACGAGGCCACGGCUGCGGUAGACGUCGAGACCGACGCACUUAUACAGCAAACAAUUAGACAACACUUCAAUUCAAGUACUGUACUAACUAUAGCUCACAGACUCAACACAAUUAUGGAUUCAGACCGUGUGUUAGUGCUAAAUGAUGGACAGUUAGCUGAAUUUGAUUUGCCUAUCAAUUUGUUGAGUGAUAGCUCAUCUAUUUUUUACUCUCUGGCCAAAGAUGCCGGACUCGUUUAA